AUGGCCCCCGCCAACUGCUCGGCGCCCAGCGUCGUGGUGGAGAUGUCCGUGGCCACCCUGCUCCUGCUGGAGGGCGGCCUGGGCCUUCUGGGCAACGCCGUGGCGCUGUGGACCUUCUUCUUCCGCCUGCAGGUGUGGAAACCCUACGCCAUCUACCUGCUCAACCUGGUUGUGGCCGACCUCCUGCUGACCUUCUGCCUGCCCUUCCAUGCCGCUUUCUACCUGAAACACAAGACGUGGAGCCUUGGACAUGCGUCUUGCCAAAGCCUGUUCUUCCUGCAGGUCCUCAGCCGCGGGGUGGGCGUCGCCUUCCUCACGGCCGUGGCUUUAGACCGUUACUUCCGAGUGGUCCACCCUCGGCUGAAGGUCAGCCUCACGUCCCCCCGGGCGGCCUGGGGGGUGUCCGGCUUCGUGUGGUUACUGCUGCUCGGCCUCACCCACCAGAGCCUGUUCGUCUCGGAGGCCACAUGCCCAGGUCUGGAGCCCGCGGGAGAAGUCUCCUUCAGCAUCGUUUGGCAGGAAGCACUGUUCUUCCUGCAGUUUGUCCUUCCCUUUGGCCUCAUCCUGUUCUGCAAUGCCAGGAUCAUCAGGACCCUCCAGAGGCGACUCCGAGACCCGGACAAACAGCCCAAGCUGCAGAGGGCCCGGGCACUGGUGACGGUGGUCGUGGUCCUGUUUGCAGUGUGCUUUCUGCCCAGCUUCCUGGCCCGGAUCUUGGUGGCCGCCUUCCGCAGGGCGGGCAGCUGUGGGCUCCUGGGAGCGAUGGUGCAUGUGUGUGACGUGACCAACGGCCUCACCUACCUGCAGAGCGUGCUGAACCCGGUGGUGUACUGCUUCUCCAGCCCCGCUUUCAGAUACUCCUACCGCAAGGUCUUCAACACCCUCAGAGGCCGAGGGAAGGAAACCGAGGCCCCGGGGGACGUCAAAGACUCCUACUCUUGAGGCCGGCCAGCCCGCCGGGCCCCGGGGCACAGGAAAGGCAGCGGUCUGAGCGCGAAAGACCACCCCUGAGGGGUGCAGGGAGAGGACACGCUGGGGCUGUGCCGCAAGGAUCGGGACCCCCACGUCGGCACCCCUGCGGCCAAUGCUCUUACACACGCGGUCUUCGGGAUUUCCUUCAGCUGUUCUGCACGAUCGGCCGGAGCAGAUUAGCACGCGCCAGAGUCUCCCUUCCACCCACGACGAGGCCGACUGAGCAGCUGACCUGGAAGCCGGCAGCUACUGCGCGCUCAUGGAAUGUGUUCUCAUGGGUCCGUCAUGGGAGGAGGAAGGCAGAGAGGGGCACCACUCUUGCUGCGUCUGGUCUUGGUGAGUCAUCUGCUUUCACUCUCUGGAGAUUCUGCUCUCUCCACCUGCUGCACAUGCUUGUGAUGACUGGCCCUGGGAAGUGGCAUGCGGGACUGCAAGGCCACGUUUCGGGGGGCGUACCUUACUGAGUGCCAUGCUCAGCUCUGCCUGGCACAUAGUGUUUCCAGUUUAUAACAUGUUGCUUGAUUUGCAUGGAUGGUACAUGAUGUCAAAGACAACCCUGUUCCCUCGUUCAUUAUAAGAAACACGUUCCUACUAAAUUUCUCAAAAUUGCCACCAGAACUUC